CCUUUCCUGGUUUUAAUUUUAGUUUACACUUCGAGGUGUUUUGAUCUUUGGAGAAGAUGGCUCCUUUAGGGCUUUUAAUUUUUGCUUUCUCCGCUUUCCUUUUUAGAGGUGUUGAGAGCCAGCCCAUGUCAUGUUUUGUGCAGAAUCCAUGCACAGGAACUCCUGAGACUACUACUCAUGAGGACUGUUGCAGCUUGGAGCGUUUAUCAGGCAUUCCAGAAAACUGUGGCGAAAGAGCUGACGAUGCCUGCAAUAUCUACUACAGGGUAUCCGGUGAACCUUGUGACCCUUGCCAGAUUAUUGGAUUUGAAAACAGCACCAUCACUCUGACAGAGAGUGGGCCACAGACUAUUCCCAUUAAAUUAUUCAGUUUGGGACUGAUUGAAAUAAUAUUACUCACUGCUUCAAUAACUUCAACAAAUGCUACAGAAAAUGUGGACUACUCUUUUACUAGUCAAAUGUUUGAUUAUUUGAGAAGAGUGCCGUCUGAUACUGAUAUUGAUAUUGAUAUAAUAAAUGACAACAUUGCAUUAGAGCCAAUCGAAGUCAUUGAUAUAACCCUGAUUAACAGAGGCUUUAUAGAUAUAUUUGGACCGCACGAUACCACUAUCAUAAUUAUAGAUGAAGAUGUUUUAACAAUCGCUGCUAAUCCUUCAUUUUUUGAGGUCCAAGAAGGUGGUAGCAUUUCAUUUACUCUCAGUAAAGACAAAGAGACAGCAGUACCAGUAGAUAUCACAGUAACACCACUAACCUAUCGGCAAUACUCUAACAAAACUGCUACUAAUAAUAAUUUACCUUCACUGAGUAGCAUAACAAAUGCUCCUUCUAAUCCUGCUGAAGAGCAAGAUUUUAAUAGCACAGCUAUUCAGUUAAGAACGGGUAAUUCAUCUGGCUCAUUUCCUGUGAGUAUGAAUGGGCUAGUCACUGAUGACACCAUCGUCGAAGAUCCCGAAGGAUUCGUCUUGCUAAUUGAGUCAACCAAUCCUGAUCCUCGUAUCAGAUUCAACAAUCAAAUCAUUGUGAUUCAGAUCAACAAUGAUGACACUCUUUCGCUCAUGUUUGAUCAAAGCACGCUGCGAUUGAGUGAGAAUGGUGGCAGUCUUUCUUUAAGCAUUCUACCACAAGCUGGAGUCAUGUCUGAACUAACCAAUACGGUCAUCAACUAUCAAGUUACACCAUCAUUAGCUGGAGAUGUUACAUUUUUGCCUGCUAAUUCUUUGGUUUUUGAUGGAACUAGUGCAGUAUUGCGCAUCACUCCUAUUGAUGAUCAGACUCUAGAGGACAUUAAAACUGCUAUCAUAACUUUUCAACCUGCUAGCAAUGAAUCGGGUAUUCAAUUUUCUCCGACAAAUUCAGUCAAUGUGAUAAUAACUGAUGAUGAAAAUGUUACUUUAAGUCUCAUUUCUGACUCGACUUUUGUCAGUGAAGGCUCGUCAUUCAAUGUGUGUGUAUCUGUAACUGAACCAAAUGAUGUUGCUCCACACUUCAUACCAGUAUCUCUAACACUAAUACCAUAUCUCCCUACUCAAGAAGGUGAUUAUAGUACCAUGGAUAGUAAUCUGUCUCCAAUAUUAACACAAAGGAAUAGAUCUACUUGUUUCUUGAUUGAUACUGAUGAAGAUCAGAUGACAGAGGAGGAUGAAAUGUUUGGUGUCAGCAUUGCUCUUCAAAGUGUUGCUGAAGCAGAUUUUUUUAGAUCCCGCACUAGUUUCAAUCCUCCUGUAUUGAACUUAACUAUCAUUAAUGAUGACAGUGUCACUAUUGGUUUCACAAUGGAGUCAAUUUCAGUAGUAGAAGGGUCUAAUCCAGUCAGUAUAUGUUUUAGAGUAAAUGAAGGAAUAUUGGCAAGAAAUGUUGCAGUUAAUGUAUCAUCUAGUUCUAAUACAGCUGUUAUUGGAGUUGAUUAUAGCUUGCCCAGCUCUGUAUUUAUAUUCAAUUCUAGUGUUAAUGAACAUUGUGUGUCAUUUGUUCCUCUUGAAGAUGAUAUUAUUGAGAAUACAGAAACAGUUACUGUUCUAUUAAGUACUAGUGAUCCUGCUGUGAAUUUUGAUAUCAGUAGAGAGACUGUUAGCAUUACAGACAAUGACAGAGCUUCUAUUGAUUUCUCUCAAGCUGAAUUUACAAUUCGUGAAGAUGGUAGUACAUUGAGCUAUAGUGUUAUUCUAACUGGUAAUCUUGAUCGGAGUAUUGUUGUAUCAGUUAAUGAUAUACCAGGAACUGCUACACGAGAUGUUGAUUAUUCUAAUGUUAGUGAGACUAUCACAUUCACCAAUAGCAGUAAAAGGUUUACUGGUGUACUGAGGAUUAUUAAUGAUAGCAUUGUGGAGACUACAGAGACUCUAAUACUAGCUCUUAGUAGCUCGGAUCAAUUUGUUGAUCUAGUCAAUGCUACUGUAUCUAUUGCUGAUGUAUCAAAUGUAAGUAUUGGUUUCACAAUGGAGUCAAUUUCUGUAGAAGAGGUAUCUAAUCCAGUCAGUAUAUGUGUUAGAGUAAAUGAAGGAAUAUUGGCAAGAAAUGUUGCAGUUAAUGUAUCAUCUAGUUCUAAUACAGCUGUUAUUGGAGUUGAUUAUAGCUUGCCCAGUUCUGUAUUUAUAUUCAAUUCUAGUGUUAAUGAACAUUGUGUGUCAUUUGUUCCUCUUGAAGAUGAUAUUAUUGAGAAUACAGAAACAGUUGCUGUUCUAUUAAGUACUAGUGAUCCUGCUGUGAAUUUUGAUAUUAGUAGAGAAAAUGUUAACAUUAGAGACAAUGACAGAGCUUCUAUUGGUUUCUCUCAGGCUUCAUUUAUAGCAAGUGAAGAUGGUAGUACAUUGAGUUAUAGUGUUAUUCUAACUGGUAAUCUUGAUCGGAGUAUUGUUGUAUCAGUUAAUGAUAUACCAGGAACUGCUACACGAGAUGUUGAUUAUUCUAAUGUUAGUGAGACUAUCACAUUCACCAAUAGCAGUAAAAGAUUUACUGGUGUACUGAGGAUUAUUAAUGAUAGCAUUGUGGAGACUACAGAAACUCUAAUACUAGCUCUUAGUAGCUCAGAUCGAUUUGUUGAUCUAGUCAAUGCUACUGUAUCUAUUGCUGACAGUGCUACAUCAAGAGUUAAUUUUGGUUUUCCUGUGCUAUCUAUACCUGUUAACGAGAGUGAUCAAACUCUUGUAGUUUGUGUUGAUAGGUUCAGUGGUCAAAUAGAAUCACCUCGAGAAGUCAUUGUAUUACUCUCAACUGUUGAUGGCACUGCCAGAGGAGGUUCAGAUUACAUAUCUAUCUCAAUGGUACAGCUUGUUUUCAAUUCAACCGUGAUGUCCAAAUGUGCUGAUAUUAACAUAAGACAAGAUUCACUAUAUGAGAUUGAUGAAUACUUCAAUGCUAUCAUAUCUUCUAAUGAUGUGGCAGUUCAUUUCAUUAAUAAUGUAUCUACCAUUAUCAUUCAAGAUAAUGAUAUGCUAGCAAUUGCAACAUCUCUACCUAGCAAUACAAUAAAUGUGCUAGAAUCUAAUGGAACUGUUCAGUUUUGUUUCAAUGUCUCAAGUGGAGCUAUUGAUAGUACAAGCACUGCAGUGACAAUUGAUGUAACUGCAACAUCUUUAGGAGCUACUGAAGGAGUUGACUACUCAGCAAUGAAUAGAUCGUUCACAUUCGUUUCUGACAGCAUGACUCACUGCUACUCAUUUAAUGUAACCGACGAUCAGAAUGUAGAAAAUGAAGAAAGAUUCCAACUUGCAUUGUCCUCAAGCAGUCCUCGUGUUACAGCUCCAACAAUCACAGUCAACAUCAUAGAUGAUGAUGGAAUAACUUUAAAUUUUGAGAGUGUGCCUCCUGUAUCUGAAGAGGCCCAGUUUGUGACAGUUUGUGUGAGAGCACAAAACAGUCAGUUUCUUCAAAGAUCUGUUGAGGUCCUAUUGAACACCAUAGAAGGAUCAGCUGCUGAAUUAAAUGACUUCCUUCCACUCAAUAAUGUACCACUUACAAUCAGUCCAGAGAUAGGAGUCAACUGUACCAACAUUACACUUCAAGGAGAUGAUGGAGUUGAAGGAACUGAGACUUUUAGUGUAAGAAUGAGUUCUACUUCAAACAGUGUAUCUUUUGGUGACGAUCUAAGAAUUCAGCUAAUUGAUGAUGAUGUUGCUACAGUCAGGCUUAUUGGACCAACUGAUGCUGUUUCUGAAGGUGGUGGCUCAUUUGAUGCAAGAGUUGAAGUUAUCGGUAAACUGGAAAUACCAAUCACACUCUCUCUAUCAACACUUGAUGGGACUGCAUUAGCUGGUGAGGAUUUCAAUGGUGUAGUUAAUGCAAGCAUUAUGCUAAGUGGUACCAGCUCUUCUCAAAAUGUUCCAAUUACAAUAAGAGAAGAUGAUUUGGUUGAAGGAGAGGAAAGCUUUACAAUUAGCCUGUCACUAAGACCUGUAGAAGGAGCCAAUAUAAACUUGUCACCUGGAACUGUUGCUGUUAUGAUAUCUGAUAAUGAUGAUGUAACUAUUGGUUUCUUAAUGACAUCAUUGUCAGUAGAAGAAGGAUCUAGCCCAGUCAGUAUAUGUUUUAGAGUAAAUGAAGGAAUAUUGGCAAGAAAUGUUGCAGUUAAUGUAUCAUCUAGUUCUAAUACAGCUGUUAUUGGAGUUGAUUAUAAUUUGCCCAGUUCUGUAUUUAUAUUCAAUUCUAGUGUCAAUGAACAUUGUGUGUCAUUUGUUCCUCUUGAAGAUGAUAUUAUUGAGAAUACAGAAACAGUUACUGUUCUAUUAAGUACUAGUGAUCCUGCUGUGAAUUUUGAUAUCAGUAGAGAGACUGUUAGCAUUACAGACAAUGACAGAGCUUCUAUUGGUUUCUCUCAGGCUUCAUUUAUAGCAAGUGAAGAUGGUAGUACAUUGAGUUAUAGUGUUAUUCUAACUGGUAAUCUUGAUCGGAGUAUUGUUGUAUCAGUUAAUGAUAUACCAGGAACUGCUACACGUUAGUUUAUAUUUCAUUAAAAUGUACAUGUAU